GACCAGCUCGUUGAAGCUUUGUGGGCUAGUUGAGCUUUCACCCAAACAAAGACGUGCGUUUUAAAUCAACACAUCGCCGAGUGCGAGCCCAAAGUGUGGAAAAAUGUGCGAGAGAAGAACAGUUGCAGUGGAUUUGGAGAAGGAAUUUCGUAGAGUAGAAAAGGAGGCACAACCUCAACUACUGCUGGAUACUGUUUUUAACAAGCUGCUAGCUGCAGACUGUCGAGAAUCUCUUGUUACUCAGCAGCAGGAGCCAGGGCCCGCUUUUGUUAAAGCAGAGGAGGAUCUAGAGACCACCCAGUUAAAAGAAGAGCAGGAAGGUGAUGUGAAGAGUGAAGAAGUUGUUGGAGAUCACUCUGGAGGAUCCCAAGCAGACGACCUCUCACCUCCACUGUCAGAUAGAGUUGACGCAACAUCAAACUCAUCUGCCUUUGAUGAUGAUGAUGACCAAGAAAUCUCUGAAGUUGUUUCAUGUAUCGGCCCUACACAUCAAAAUCAGCAUCGUCAGAUCAAGUCGCUUGGUGUUCAUUUUAAAGACAUGAGUGAGGAACAUCUUUCUCUUGAGGAGCAAGAGCCACAUUUUCCAUGUGUUAAAGAAGAAGAAGAAGAGCCAGAUUACACGCACAUUAAAGAAGAACAGCAGGAGUAUGAGGUAUCCAAGUUUCCAUUGACUGGUGUCACAGUGAAGACUGAAAAGGUUAAUGGUGACCACAGUGGCAACACCACGUCACAUUCUUCUGACUACGAUGAGGAAAAUGAUGAAAAACAGCAACUCUCUAUUGAUGACAUGGCACGCCUAGCCGGAAAAAAAUGCAUCCAAUGCCAUUUUUGUGACAAAACCUUUUGCAACAAGUCAUUGUUGGUGACACACACAAGAUCACACAUAGGAGAAACUCCCUUUUCCUGCUCAGUUUGUGGUAAAAGAUUCUCUUUUAAGUCACAUUUAAAACAGCACGCAACCACUCACCCAGUUGAAAACCCUCAUGUUUGCUCUAUAUGCCGUAGCACAUUCAAGGACAGUGCUGACUUAAAAAUACAUACAAGAACACACACUUCUUGCUCAAUUUGUGGUAAAACGUUCCCUUCUAAUAUGAGUUUAACAAACCACACAAGAAUGCACACUGGAGAAAAACCUUUUGCCUGUUCAAUUUGUGACAGAAGAUUCUCACUCAAGUCAAAUUUAACAAAUCACAUAAAAACACAUUCUGGAUUGACACCUUGUGACUGCUCAGUUUGUGGGACAAAAUUCUCUACUAAAUCAAGUUUAAAGCGGCAUAUGAGAAUACACACUAGAGAAAAAACUUUUGCCUGCUCAUUUUGUGGCAAAAUAUUCCCUUGUGAAUCAAGUUUAACAAUGCACACACGAACACACACCGGUGAAAAACCCUUUUCCUGCUCGCUUUGUGGGAAAAGAUUCUCUGCAAAGUCAAGUUUGAAGCAGCACGCGAUAUUACACACAGGAGAAAAAGAUUUCGUUUGCUCAAUUUGUGGCAAAAGAUUCUCUUGCAAGUCUGGUUUAACAGUGCACACACGAACACAUACUGGUGAAAAACCCUUUGCCUGCUCAUUUUGUGGGAAAAGAUUCUCUGCAAAGUCAGGUUUAAAGCAGCAUACUAUAUUACACACGGGAGAAAAAGAUUUCAUUUGCUCAAUGUGUGGCAAAAAAUUCUCCAACAAGUCCAAUUUAACAAACCAUGCAAGAACACACACUGGGAAAAAGCCGUUUGCCUGCUCGAUUUGUGGUAAAAGAUUUUCUUUCAAGUCAUGUUUAACAAGCCACGCGCGAGCGCACGCUGGGGAGAAACCUUUUGUCUGCUCAGUUUGUGGUGAAGGAUUCACUAAGAAGCGGCGGUUAACAACACACAUGCACACACAUGAAGAGGAAACUGUUCAGUUGCAGUGUGUGUGAGAGGGAAAACUGGAAUCGGAUGUAAAAGAUCUUGGAGUUUUAAUGUAUUUAUUUUUAAAUUUUAACUCAUUAGCUGCGAUGGACUAUCAAUUGAGUUUGACUGGGAAGUCAGGCAGUUUGUAUAUGACCCCCCCCCCACUCUGACAACUUGUUGUUAAGGCUAUAGCUAUCCCAAAAAACUGUUAAUAUGUUAUGCUAACAGAUGCCCAUUUAUACUGUUGUUCUCCAUAAAGGAACCUGUGUUUUAAAUUACCUGUUAACUCUUUAAUCCUCCAUGCAAGUGUUCGUUUUCGUAAAAGGACUCCACAAAUAACGACGUGUUCCACAUCAACAAUUUAUUUUCCUAAGUUACUGACAAAGGAGUAUAAGCAGCAUGCUGGGUCUGUGAGCUAACUAUCCUAGCCUAAAAAUGAUCGGAGUAUACUGACCAAGCCAAGGCUUGGUCGCCGUUUUUAUAGAUCAGGAUGAGGAAUGGAGGGUGUGUGUUUAUGUUGGUUCAUGUGAUUGAUCAUAAGUCCAUGGAAUUCCUGUUCCUUGAUGCCAAACGGGGACAAGGUUAUUCUCGACGUCAGCUGUUGGCUUCGCCAGAAUAGGUGCCACAGUGUGUCUUCCAACCCUAGGAAAUGUGCCUUUUGCUCCCUUCUCCUCCUUUAUACCGCUCCAAGGUGGACCAACUCCAGAUGGCAUGUUGUCUUUUGCUGCCUUCACUCCUCGGGUGUUAAUCACUGCUCCAAAGUGGUAUGUUAUCGAUAGGUCCACCCUGCUUACAGAAACAGCCUCAACUUUCUUAUAGCAAAUGCAUUUUAUUGAUUCAUUCUUUUUAAAGGUUAGUACUGUUUUUUAAAUGUAAUUUCCCUUCAUCUAGUUAUUGAAAAAUGGACACUGUGAACCUUAAAUUAUGCUUCUGCGUUGCGGUGACGGAGUAGCGACGCCGUAUACCCUAUGUUGUCAACGAGCAUUCGAAGUUCUGCUUUAAGGGAACGCGUUGCUCUGUAAUUCACCACCAAGCCAGUAGAGGGGUGUUGCGUUGUGUUUGUGAGGUUUGGGGGGACUUUUGUCGAAUUCCUUGAGUUUUCUUCCGGUUAGACAACAAUAGCAACGGAGAUGGAACGCUUGAAUGUGGAUCUUCAGCUCAUCGACAUUGAACAACAAAUGUUGAUCAUACAAAUGUUGAGGCGCAGGCGACGCAGAAGACUGUUGCGGAGGUGGUCUGUCCGACUGUUUAUGCCGCACAGACACUGGCAGUCACAUUACGAAUUUUAGGUUUGGGAGGAAGCCAGCAAGCUUCGUUGUCCAACGUUUUGUCUGAUUUCUGUGCCGUGUCUUAAAACCAGCCAGUGGGAAGCCAUAGCAGAUUUCUGGCAGCUAUGGAACUUCCUAAACUGCGUCGGAAGCCUUAAUGGUAAACACGUUAUCAUAAAAGCACCGAGGCAGCCGUCUGGGUCACUGCUUCAUGUGGCCAUUCACUUCCGAACACACACAUACUUGUCCCGGAGGUUCUUCGAUUUUUUUAAUGAAUUCGCUGACCUCCAGCCCUGUAUUUUCAGUGAGCUCCUUCCACGAAUUGCUUGCCAUUUGGCAGUCUUUAUAAUGCAUUGAUGAAGCGUUGUACAGGUGGUCGUACUUGCAGACCUCUUCGAUGAUCCUCUCGUCGGCUUGGUCUAUUUUUGAGUGUAGCGCAAGAGUGUUUGUACUUUGUAGAUGGCGGUGAUUUCGCGCUGAACCCGAAACAACAGUUUAAGCGGACCAAUCACAGUCCAUUUGCGUCACGUCACCACACGUUGGCGUGACGCGUAGUCAGGAUUUUGUGGAGGUGCACGUCAGGCUACAGCAGAGGGUCGUAAAUCGGGUCUGCCUUGACGGCGUUGGUCCGCCGCAGAAGGAUAAACCAGCCUUGACUUAUAAAAAAAUGUUCCUCUUCAUUAUGCAUUCUUUGCCUAGUGCAGUUUAUACUCAGGUAUGUCUUGUAGUGUGAAAAAUACAAUAUUUAUUCGUACACUACUAAAAAAGACUUUUCAGAACAAAGAGAAAUUUCCAGCGACAGCAAGAAAGUCAAUAGAAUCACAAACGAGAUGGCUCAAUUCAUCACACUGGGUGAUCAACUUUAUUUUUAAAUAAGUUAAUUUUCAAAAUAUUUAAAUGUAGUUCUUUUACAGCCUUAUUAUUGCGCUGCACAACUAAUUUGCAAAAGAACAACAACAAAAAAAAGAUUUGUUUUUUCAACAUUAUAUGUCUAUAAUGUUGGGAUAGAAAAGACAUUGGGGUUAUUUUCUCCGAGGGCCACUUUCAGAACAAUCAAACGAUGCAAGGGCUCUCUUGAAAUCCUUCCACAUUCAUUUUUUUAAACAUCACGAACUACAGUAAAUCGUCAUUUCAUAAAGCAUUAUUUUGUAUGUAAGUAUUUGGUUACAUACUGUGUUUUUUGGACUUUAAACCGCUACUUUUUUCGCCCAUUUUAAACAAUGCAGCUUAAAGUAUCAUCCAGCUUAUUUGUAUAUUUUUACAGGCUAAUCAGCUGCAUGUAUUCUGGUGUGAAUAUCCCAAAAUGCAACGUGAACACCUGCGGUUUAUAGUCCAGUGCCUCCCAAAUAUGAACAAAAUAAGAUAGAUCGAAUAUCAUGAUAUAAAAUAUCAAGCCAUAUUGUCUUUGUAUUAAAUAAUGGGCAGACAUUGGUUUGUUUUCAUUAGUUUUUAAGGAAAUAACCUUCUUAAUAUAUACAUCAUAUGAAAAUGCGACUCAUGGGGACUAUUCUGCUAUUACUGGUGUCAUUUCUCAACUGAAAUUAUUUUCAAGGUUCCUAUUUUGAUUAACAAAAUGUAGGCUGACUUUAAGCUUCUUGUGUGAACCAUAUUCAGUCAUAUUUUCAUAAUUUGCUGCACGCCAAUGAAAAGUGGGCAACGGCCUAUGGACACAGCUGGUUAAUCAUCACGGACUAUUUAGCCCUGGCUUCUUCUGGAAGAAUGUAUUAUUUAGUUUUGUUGCCUACCCGUAGCUUAUUUGGUCAAAAUUGUAUAUUCACAAUUCAAGUUUUUGAAUUAGAAAACAAAUUCCAUCAAAUUUUUGGAGAUAUUGAGUAUAUUCUACUAAUAUUUCUACUGCUUAUCUGACUUUACGAAUAAAAAAGCUGUAAUAGCAUAAUUAUUACCAAUUUGUUUAACAAUGUUGUGAUACCAUUCUGUCUGAUCUUUCUUCUUUGUAACUUCCCUUGUGUUGGAUGGCGAUUUGUUGAUGUCGAGUGAUGAUCUUAAUUUUUCUAAUAAUGCCUUUGUAUUUUGGAUCCCUUGAUAAAUAAAGUUUUGCUUGAAAAAUAUAUACAGUUUAAGUUGGAAGUUUACAUACACAUCCAUAUUAAUCAUCUGACUAUACAAAUAAUUAUAGAUUGAAUUUUUUUUUCUUGCUUACAUUUUUAUAUAUAAAUAUUAUGUUUUGUCUGUGCCUGAUUAAAAUUCAAACUUUUUUAUUUAUCCAUUUUUUGAAAAAUAAUUUCCU